AUGAAAUUAACCAAUGGAGCCUGUGAUAAUGUUUACUACUGUAUGAGAAUGGAAAGCUUGUGUGAGGGUAUUAGAAGAAUCGACAGUGAUGUUGAUUAUUGGGAGUUUGUGGAAACUGUUUAUAGUCUGGAGAGUGAUAGUCUUGAGAGUGAGUUAGAUGUGUACAUUGACCACCAAAAUGAACCAAUUCUUGAUUGGGCUGAUAACGAGUUCUUAGCAGAUGGUGAAGGGUAUGAGUCGGAUGAGUUGGAUGAAGAGGAUGACAAGGAUUCUGAAGUUUCAAUGACAAUGGAAUAUGAACAUGAAUGGGAUGAUGAAGAGGAACAUACUUUUGAUAAAACUGUUGGAGACCCAUUCUUGGACAAACUUUCAGGGCAUAUUAGUGAUGAUGAUGAAGAGGAAGCAAACAAUGGGAAGCUUAAGGAUGUUGUGUUCCCUGUCCAUAAUGAGAAUCAAGAAUGGGAGUAA